CCUCACGGUCGGGGAAUACCUCUCAGAGUUUGGAGAUCCGGGCAGGAGUCGAGCCGCCCUACUGACCACAGGCCGUGUUGUGUCAUCGGUUCUGCAGGCAUCAUGAGCCAAGACACCGAAGUAGACAUGAAAGAGAUGGAGCUGAACGAGCUAGAACCGGAGAAGCAGCCUAUGAACGCAGCGGCCGGGGCGUCGGCCGGGGAGAAGAAUGGUCUGGUGAAGAUCCAGGUGGCCAAAGACGAGUCAGAGACCGAGGCCAAGUUCACCGGCUUGUCCAAAGAGGAGCUAUUGUAUGUAGCAGGCAGCCCCGGCUGGGUGCGCACCCGCCUGACGCUGCUGGCGCUCUUCUGGCUCGGCUGGUUUGCCAUGCUGGCUGGCGCCGUGGUGAUCAUCGUUCGGGCGCCGCGCUGCCGUGAGCUGCCGGUACAGAGUUGGUGGCAGGAGGGUGCCCUCUACCGCAUUGGCAACCUUCAGGCCUUCGUAGGCCCAAAUGUUGAGGGCUUCACUGGUCUGGACGACCGUCUGGAUUACUUGAACACGCUGAAGGUGAAGGGUCUAGUACUGGGCCCCAUUCAUCUGAACCAGAAGGAUGACGUCAACGGAACCGACUUGAAACAGAUUGACCCCGCUUUUGGCUCCCAGAAAGAUUUUAAAGACCUUGUAGAACGUGCCAAGGAAAAGAGCAUUCGCAUCAUUUUGGACCUUACUCCCAACUACCAUGGCCAGGAGGCAUGGUUCCUCCCCGAGGAGGCUGACGUGGUGGCCACCAAAAUGAAGGAAGCGCUGAGGGUUUGGUUGCAGUAUGGCAUAGAUGGGUUCCAAUUUCGGGAUGUGGAAAAGCUGGCGGAUGCAUCCUUGUACUUGGCAGAGUGGCAGAAUAUCACCAACAACUUCAGCAAUGACAGGCUUUUGAUGGCAGGGACUGAGUCCUCCGAUCUGCAGCAAAUUGUGAGCAUACUCAACUCCACCAGCGACCUGCUGUUGACCAGCUCAUACCUGUCCAAUUCCAGUUUCACUGGGGAGCAUACAAAAUUCCUGGUCACUAGGCAUUUGGAUGCCACUGGCAGUCGCUGGCUCAGCUGGAGUGUGUCUCAGGCAGGGCUCCUGACAGCUUCCGUACCAGCUCAGCUCCACCGGCUCUACCAGCUGCUGCUCUUCACUCUGCCAGGGACUCCUGUUUUCAGCUACGGGGAUGAGAUUGGCCUGGAGGCAACCACCCUUCCUGGACAGCCUGUGGAGGCCCCAUUCAUGCCUUGGGAUGAGUCCAGCAUCUCCCACAGCCCGAGACCCAUAAACUCCAACAUGACAGUGAAGGGUCAGAAUGAAGACCCUGACUCCCUCCUCACCCAGUUCCGGCGGCUGAGUGACCUUCGGGUGAAGGAGCGCUCUCUGUUGCAUGGUGACUUCCAUGUACUGUCCUCCUCAUCUGGCCUCUUCUCCUACAUCCGCAGCUGGGACCAGAACAAGCGUUACCUGGUGGUGCUCAACUUUCAGGAUGUGGGCCUGUCAGCCAGGAUAGGGGCUGCCAACCUCCCUGGCGGCAUAAGCCUGCCAGCCAGUGCUAACCUGGUGCUCAGUACCAGCAGUGCCCGGCCAAGCAGUGAGGAUGGUACCUCCCUGAACCUGGAAAACCUGAGUCUGAAUCCUCAUGAGGGCUUGCUGUUAUAUUUCCCUUAUGUGUCCUGAUCCUACCUGUCCAGACACUACUAUGCCCCUUUCCUCUCCCCAGGCCUUUUUUUUUUUUUCUUUCUCAAGACAGGGUCUCUCUGUGUAGCCCUGGCUGUCCUGGACUCGAUUUGUAGACCAGGCUGGCCUCGAACUCACAGCGAUCCGCCUGCCUCUGCCUCCCGAGUGCUGGGAUUAAAGGCGUGCACCACCAUGCCCAGCUCCCCAGGCCUUUUGAAUUCUGGUUUUUCUCCAUUUUUUUUUUUUUUUAACUUUUGUAGAUUACAUAUGAAUUCUCACACUGGGUGUUUUUGUCUUCAAAUAAAAAUCACCCCUGCGA